UAAUAGACACACACACACACUCAGCGCACACCUAGAAACACCCCGAGCCCGUUGAGCAGCACAUCCAGUAGACCCUUGGAGAUGCCGUGUGUGAGCACUCAUCUUAGGCAGAUUCUGAAGAUGCCCAGUAGUUACAACGCUGAGGUGGAUCAAAGCCUCAUGGUGGAGCAGAUUCUCUCCGAGUUCCGUCUGAAUAAGGAGGACCUGAAAGAGGUCAUGAAGAGGAUGCAGCUUGAGAUGGACCGAGGACUGCGUCUGGAGACACACAAGGAAGCCAGCGUCAAAAUGCUCCCCACCUAUGUCUGCUCUACCCCAGAAGGAUCAGAGGUGGGAGACUUCCUCGCCCUGGACUUGGGGGGCACCAACUUCCGGGUGAUGCUGGUGAAGGUGGGAGAGGACGAGGAGCGGGGCUGGAAGGUGGAGACCAAAAACGAGAUGUAUUCUAUCUCUGAAGACGCGAUGACCGGAACUGCUGAAAUGCUCUUUGACUACAUAGCGGAGUGCAUCUCAGAUUUUCUCGGCAAACACCACAUCAAGCAUAAGAAGCUUCCUCUCGGGUUCACCUUCUCCUUCCCCGUCCGACAUGAAGAUAUUGACAAGGGCAUUCUACUGAACUGGACCAAAGGUUUCAAGGCUUCAGGGGCAGAAGGGAACAAUAUUGUGGGCCUGCUGAGGGAUGCAAUCAAGAGGCGAGGGGACUUUGAGAUGGAUGUGGUUGCCAUGGUGAACGACACAGUGGCCACAAUGAUAUCUUGCUACUACGAAGACCGCAGCUGUGAGGUUGGGAUGAUUGUUGGCACUGGUUGCAACGCCUGUUACAUGGAGGAGAUGCGAACUGUGGAGCUGGUGGAGGGAGAAGAGGGUCGCAUGUGUGUGAACACAGAGUGGGGGGCCUUCGGGGACAACGGGGAGCUGGAAGACUUCAGACUGGAGUACGACCGGGUGGUGGACGAGUUCUCACUGAACCCCGGACAGCAACUAUAUGAGAAGCUGAUCAGCGGGAAGUACAUGGGAGAGCUGGUCAGGCUGGUUUUGAUCAAGCUCGUCAACCAAGACCUGCUGUUUAACGGCGACGCUUCAGACCUGCUCAAGACACGCGGCGGCUUCGAGACGCGUUAUGUGUCCCAGGUGGAGAGUGACUCUGGGGACAGGAAGCAGAUCUACAACAUCCUGUCCACCUUGGGCUUGCUGCCGUCAGAGCUGGACUGUGACAUCGUGCACCUGGUGUGUGAGAGCGUCUCCACACGCUCCGCCCACAUGUGCGCCGCCGGUCUCGCCGCGGUGAUCAAUGUCAUGCGCGAGCGCCGCAGCCAGGAGGCCCUCAAGAUCACGGUGGGCGUCGACGGGUCCGUCUACAAACUGCACCCAUGUUUCCAAAACAGGUGCCACGAGGUAGUCCGGGAGCUCACACCGCAUUGUGACAUCACCUUCAUCGAAUCAGAGGAGGGGAGUGGCCGGGGCGCCGCCCUAAUCUCGGCCGUAGCCUGUAAGAUGGCAGCCUGCAUGAUCACACAGUAGGGCUGUCGUCUCGCAGCGCCUCACUAACGGGGAUCUCCGACGGCCUUCAGUGUCCUUUUCCUGAGACAGUGUGGCCAUGGGAGGAUCUCUGGCCAGAAGUUUGGACGCACUUCUUGAGCUGCGGAAUGUCUUUCGCAAUGUAAGCAAGUGUCCACAUGAAGACCACCACAGACCAUCGCUCCAUUUUUAAUAAUUACUAUCAACAUAACGUUGUUUCAGAUAUUUCUUAUAGGAUCAUAAUUUCACAAAACAAAAUCACAAAAAACUGAAAAAAUACCUGCACAGAAGUCAAUUCUAAGUUCAUACGUCCGAGCUGAUAGUUAACAGACGUAGAUGGGCCCCUUUUAAGAUAACAAAUGAGUUGUUCAUGGGGAUGAAGUAGAAGGGUGUAGACGUGAAACUGAAGAUAAGCUAGUCUUGGUAGGACACAAUAACAGACCGGAUCAAGUGAAAGGUAGAGAAGAAGGUUGUAUGUCUCUGUAGGGAUCCUUUCCAUGAUGAAAGUGUGUAAGAUGAGCCUGUCAGUAGCAAAAAUAAGCACUUUUAAAAGACGUUCAUUGUCGGGGCACUAUUGCCUCAAAGGAUUACAUUGCACACCGUUUUUGUGGAUUAUGGCUGCAGCUUUCUUCCUCAACACGACCAAUUUAGAAAAACAUUGCCACAUCAGUCACUUAGACCCAAAAUGAUCAGAAAAUAUGGUUCAGGUAGAAAAACCCAUGCCCAUAUGCUGCUGAUCUAUUUAUUAGGUGAGUGCUGCAUGCAGCGCUCAACUAUUGUUCUUCAUAAGUUUCUUUCUUUCUUUCUUUCCUCUUUAUUAUUCUCUACAAACUUUGGAACCUAUCUCCUUCCUCAAUUGUUCACCUAAAGACAUUUUAAAAUGUUCAGAAUAGCUUGGAAUCGCGUUGCUCGCUUCUUUUCUGAUUUUUUUAAAUAUUUUAUACUUUUUAAGAUAUUCUACUUUUAAAAUACUACCUUUUUUAAACAUUGGAGUCAAGGGGAGGCCUUCGAUAUAAUUUAAACUUUAAUCAGAAUCACAGUUUUAGUUUCAUACCGGCUUCGUUUUCUGUUGGUCUCAUUGAUUUAUAUUGAAGCUGU